GUGCCGCUGUCCGACGGGUUCCGUGAUUCCGUGGCCGGCGGCGAGGAAGCCAAGGGCCGGUUUCGGGUUGUGAACUUUGCGGCCUCCAGUCCGGACGCCGCGCCGGCGGAGAGCGCGCAGAACGGGGACACGGUGAUGAGCGAGGGCAGCCUGCACUCGUCCACCGGCGGCCAGCAGCACCAUCACUACGACACCCACACCAACACCUACUACCUCCGCACGUUCGGACACAACACCAUCGACGCCGUGCCCAACAUCGACUUCUACCGGCAGACCGCCGCUCCGCUGGGCGAGAAGCUCAUUAGACCCACCCUCUCGGAGCUGCACGACGAGCUCGACAAGGAGCCGUUCGAGGAUGGCUUUGCUAACGGCGAGGAGCUGACGCCUGCCGAGGAGGCCGCGGCUAAAGAAGCCUCCGAGUCUAAAGGAGUGGUGAAGUUCGGCUGGAUCAAAGGAGUGCUGGUGCGCUGCAUGUUAAACAUAUGGGGUGUGAUGCUCUUCAUUCGAAUGACAUGGAUCGUGGGCCAGGCUGGAAUUGCGUAUUCCUGCAUCAUUGUUAUUAUGGCAACUGUUGUGACUACCAUCACGGGCUGCUCCACUUCUGCCAUCGCGACCAAUGGCUUUGUACGAGGAGGUGGGGCGUAUUACCUGAUAUCUCGAAGUUUGGGCCCAGAGUUCGGCGGCUCCAUUGGUCUGAUUUUUGCCUUUGCCAACGCUGUGGCCGUGGCCAUGUACGUCGUGGGCUUUGCAGAAACCGUAGUUGAGCUGCUCAUCAAUUCCAACAUGCUCAUGCUCGAUUCGAUUAAUGACGUCAGGAUCAUCGGAACCAUUACGGUCAUCCUGCUUCUCGGCAUCUCGGUGGCUGGAAUGGAGUGGGAGGCCAAGGCUCAAAUAUUCCUCUUGGUCAUUUUGAUCACGGCCAUCUUCAACUACUUUAUUGGGACCUUCAUCUCUGUUGAGUCCAAGAAGAAAUAUGGCUUCUUCAGCUAUGACGUGGGCAUCUUCUCAGAUAACUUUGGCCCAGACUUCGAGGGCAGACGUUUUUUCUCCGUUUUUUCCAUCUUCUUCCCGGCCGCCACAGGCAUUUUGGCUGGUGCCAACAUCUCAGGAGAUCUAGCGGACCCUCAAAUGGCCAUCCCAAAAGGAACGCUGUUGGCUAUUCUCAUAACGGGCGUCGUGUACAUGGGUGUGGCCAUUUCCGCAGGUGCUUGCAUCGUGCGGGAUGCUACAGGAAUCGAGAUUAACGUGACUCUCAGUGGCUUAAACUGCACUGACGCGGCCUGUAAGUUGGGGUAUGACUUCGCUUCCUGCAGACCAGCAGCUGGAGAAAAGGCUGCCUGCAAGUACGGCCUGCACAAUGAUUUCCAGGUCAUGAGCGUGGUGUCGGGCUUCAGUCCCCUCAUCACGGCGGGCAUCUUCUCGGCGACCCUGUCCUCCGCCCUGGCGUCCCUCGUCAGCGCCCCGAAAGUCUUCCAGGCUUUAUGCAAAGACAACAUCUAUCCUGGUAUUGCGAUAUUUGGGAAGGGCUACGGGAAGAACAACGAGCCCCUGCGAGGAUAUUUCCUCACCUUUGGCAUCGCCUUGGCCUUCAUUCUCAUUGCGGAGCUGAACGUCAUCGCCCCGAUCAUUUCCAAUUUCUUCCUGGCGUCGUACGCUCUCAUCAACUUCUCGGUGUUUCACGCGUCACUGGCCAAUUCCCCGGGAUGGAGGCCGAGCUUCAAGUACUACAACAUGUGGGUGUCUCUGGCCGGGGCGAUCCUGUGCUGUGUGGUCAUGUUCAUCAUCAACUGGUGGGCGGCCCUCCUGACCAACGUCAUCGUCUUAUCCCUCUACAUCUACGUCAGCUACAAGAAACCAGAUGUGAACUGGGGUUCGUCCACUCAAGCGCUGACGUAUCAUCAGGCCCUGACACACAGUUUACAGCUGUGCGGAGUGGCCGACCACGUCAAAACCUACAGGCCACAGUGUCUGGUGAUGACCGGAGCUCCAAACUCACGUCCAGCUAUUCUUCAUCUGGUCCACGCCUUCACCAAGAACGUGGGUCUGAUGGUGUGCGGCCACGUGCGCAUCAGUUCCCGGCGGCCCAACUUCAAAGAGCUGAACAGCGAUAUGUUGCGCUACCAGAGGUGGCUCCUCAACAACAACUCCAAGGCGUUUUACACACCUGUGGUGGCUGAAGACCUUCGUCAAGGAACCCAGUACCUGCUGCAGGCUGCCGGUCUGGGUAGAUUGAGGCCCAACACCCUGGUGGUCGGCUUCAAGAACGACUGGCGUAUCGGAGAUAUAAAGGAUGUCGAGACCUACAUAAACCUAAUACACGACGCGUUUGAUUUCCAGUACGGUGUCGUCAUUCUCAGACUGCGAGAGGGACUCGAUAUUUCUCACAUUCAAGGCCAAGAUGAUUCUUCAGCGAUGAAGGAUGUGGUGGUUUCGGUGGAUGUGAGCAAAGACUCGGACGGCGACUCGUCCAAACCCUCCUCCAAGGCCACCAGCGUUCAGAACAGCCCGGCUGUCCAGAAAGAUGAGGAUGAGGAUGGCAAAGCCCACACUCGGCCGCUGUUGAAGAAAGAUAAGAGGAGCCCGACGGUUCCCCUGAACGUGGCCGAUCAGCGACUGUUGGACGCCAGUCAGCAGUUCCAGCAGAAACAGGGAAAGGGCACGAUCGACGUGUGGUGGCUCUUUGAUGACGGAGGUCUGACUCUACUCAUCCCCUAUCUGAUCGCCAACAAGAAGAAAUGGAAGGACUGUAAGAUCCGCGUGUUCAUCGGAGGAAAGAUCAACAGAAUCGACCACGACCGCAGAGCCAUGGCCACACUGCUCAGCAAGUUCAGGAUCGAUUUCUCUGACAUCACGGUCCUGGGCGACAUCAACACAAAGCCCAAGUCUGAGGGCUUGACGGAGUUUGCUCAAAUGAUCGAGCCAUAUAAGCUGAGAGAAGAUGACAUGGAGCAGGAAGCUGCUGAGAAGCUGAAGAGUGAAGAGCCCUGGAGAAUCACAGACAAUGAGCUGGAGCUCUACAAAGCCAAGAGUAACCGUCAGAUCAGACUGAACGAGCUGUUGAAGGAGCACUCGAGCACAGCCAACCUCAUUGUCAUGAGCAUGCCGCUGGCCAGGAAAGGAGCCGUCUCCAGCGCUCUUUACAUGGCCUGGCUGGACACGCUCUCCAAAGACCUGCCGCCCAUCCUCUUAGUGCGCGGGAACCAUCAGAGCGUCCUCACGUUCUACUCGUAGAGAGCGCACGGACGCCCGCGUCCGCCCACACGAGCACAGCACCUCUGACUGAUGACGACGACGACCGACGAUGAUUUUAACGAUGCCGACAGACGCUUCUCGACAGAGCUGAAACAAACGGACGUUCUCGAGCGGUUCCUCCUUCCACGCCGCAGAGCUCAACGGGAAAGAUCAACGUUUGGCGGUUUAUAUCGUCUUCAGCUCAAAGGUUUCCGAGCACACGUUGUUACACUGAUCGAUUGUUAUCGUUGUUAUCAUUGUUAUGACUGUCACAACUUUUUGAGUUGUGGAUUUUUUUUUUUUUUUUCCUCCUCUCUUUUUAAUUUGCUCUUGAUGAAGCAAUAAUCACCUCAUUUCUUAUUUUCACACUUUGAAGAAAAACACACGAUUCCUUGCAACACUUUUUAUAGCCUUGUGGACGUGCCUUCCUGUGCAAUCAGAUUAAAUUCUUAAACUUUUCCCUGACUGCUGAUUUAUAUAUAGAUGUAGGCUGCUUGUUUUUAUUGGGUUUUAAAUGUGUAAAUCUUCCUUGAUUUUAUCACGGGUUUCCGCCGCGCCGCGUUUGAAAAUACUUUUUCGCUUUUUUGUAGACAGUUUUUUUUUUUUUUUUUUUUUUUUUUUUCUCUCCAGAGUUUUAUGUCUUCCUUUAAGCAUUGAAUGAGUUGUGGAGUUUUAGCGCAGCGCCCCUCCAUGUUCUUGUUACAAUGAUCGACCUGAACUACAGGGUGAUUACAAUCAUCUUUCAAGUAGUCUAAUGUAAAAAAACAAACAAAAAAAAAAGUCAGAACUAUAUUAGUUUUCCUUAGCGUGCCGUUGAAUGGGUUUUGGUGUGUUGAGGAAAGGCUGAUGAGAGCCGUCUGUCUGAAGGAAAAAGAGCCGUCAGAUCCUUUCAAACCAACAAUGAACCAAAUAAGAGCAAAGCCUGCAAUCACAGAUCCCGCUACAGACGAGACCUUUGCCUUAACAGAUGAGGGGAUGAUUGUCGUUUUUACUGUCUUCAAGCCAUACUGGCUAGUUCGUUGACCAGGAGCUAGAGAUAGAGAUGCUAGAUGAACGGAUGCCUGAAGCAGAAUGUAAUCUUGACCAGGAAGCUCUCCCAUCAUCACGCUCUGUCUGGAAUCGUACAUCAUUUUGUACCUUGACAGAAGCUGCUUAUUUGACCAGCUGGUUUUCUCUGUAUUUUCGUUUGACCAGCUGGUUUUUGCUUUCAAACACUACCGUUCCUCAGACUGUCGCUCUGACCGCCUGAACCUGGGUCUUCCCUUCCUUCCUUUCCCUUUCCCUGGUCAGUGCGUUUCUGUGGUUCAAGGCCUUAACAGGAAAUCCCGAGAUGUGUUAAUGUGUCACGUGAAGCUGUAAGAAUGUAUUCGGCGUCGAACGAAACGGAUUUGUUCCUCUAUGCAGAUGGACUGCGCGCGACUCGUUGAAAUCGUGCAUCUAAACUCAGGAUUGAGUGGCGGGUUCAUCGUUAACGUCGGAGACUCCGUCGGUUUUUCUUCAGACGUGUGGAGAAAAACGGAGCGGAUUUCGGUCUGUUCUGUUCCUGAAUGUCGUUCGUUUGUCCGGUCGAUUCUCGCGAUUGAACGCUGGAAUGUUUGAGCAGAUGUUUGUCGUACGCCCAUCAUGCCUUAGUUUAAAACGUUAACUAACUAGAGCGUCGGUCAGUUAGCCACAUGGGCAAGCGUUUGCGUGUGCGGUCCGGCUGAAUUCGAAGCGUUCGGGUCUUCGUUUUCGUCACGCUUCUGGCUUCGUUUCCAACACUAGUUUCGUUCGCAGGCUUCGUGUGUUGUGCUACCGCAGGUCGUGUGUACGUUAGAUUCGCAGUCCUGCCAUCCGCGUACCUGAGAAGUACUCCGUGUGACAAAGUUAGAAUGAAUAUAUUCAUAUUUAUAGUUCUCGAUAUAAACUAGUAUUUAAAAGUACGUAAACGUGUGCGUGUGCGCGCGCGCUGCAUGUUUGGAUUUGAAGUGGGUGACUAGUCAAGCUGACGGUACAAUCUAACCUGUUGAAAAUGUUACGUGUUUGUGUGUUGGUGUGGCUGUACAGCACUCGUUCACCCGACGACAACUAAAUCACCGAUUCAACUAUUACCUGUUAUCUUGAAUGAUUAAGAUACUUGUAUAUUAUAUUUAGAUCUAGAAAUGGGAGAGUGUGUCACGACCAUAUAAUGUGUUUCUCACUGAUCUAGUUGCAGCUGUAGUUUGCGUAAAAGCGCCUCUCGACGGUUCCGCUGCUGUUUCUGUAAGAGCUGAAGAAGACUUUAUUUCCUGUCACGGCGUUUCUCAUCCUGCAGAAUGUUUUGCCAAAGUCUGUUUCACGUUUUGUCGUUAGCUUAUUCGUGUCAAGAAGAGUUCACACAUCAAGGUCUGCGAGUUUCAGCUCUAGUUCACACAUUACUUCCUUUACUAACUUGUAAAUAUCUCUUAACCUAACCAGAUUAAUCAAAGGAGUGGAAUAAUAACUGCAAAUGAAUAUGGUGAGAAAUAUAUUUAUUUCAGGGUUUUCUUUUUCUUUUUUUUUUUUUUUCUUUCUUUUACAGUAGUUUUAUGUGAAUUCUCUUUUUUAAGUUUGAUUUUUAGUCUGCAAAUUGUCAUUUUUGGUCUCAUGUUUCAAUGUUUGGUCACAUUUCUAUCUUUUAUAUGCCUUUUAAAGAACACUCUGUUGACCAGUGGUUUGAGUUUCCUGCUAAACCAUGAGUGUGGAUCUGAUCGACUGAUUGCGCUGGAACAGUAAUGUUUUGAUAUACUGUACUGUUAUUUGUCACAUGUAUGCUUUUUUCUAACAUUUUAACGGUUAAGGGUAUCAAUGCUUUGUACAUCUUUAUUGCAAUAUAUAAAAAUAAACUGAAAUGAUAAUCA